ACUCAAGCUUCGAAGUCUAGAGGUUAAGCAAACGCCGCGGGACUAGCGACCUGGACAUUUACAUUGACAACUGCAAUCGCCCAUUCUGAUACUCACCGAUCAUAGAGAUCCUCUUCCACUCCUACCUCGCUAGGGUCAUCAAGCAGUCUACUGCUAUUAAGGCCGGAGCAAAUGGUGUACCGUGGGAAGCCCAGUGCAGGAUGUGAAAACUGUCGCAAAGCCAAGAAGCGCUGCGGCCUAGAAUUGCCUGCCUGCACCAGAUGUGUGAAAUUACGCAAGGUUUGUGCGGGCUAUCGCGACACCACUCAGCUCCAAAUUCAGGAUGAGAGCGAGGCUGUUCGACGUAAGGCAAAUCGGACGAGACGAAGGAGCCCCUCAUCGACAAAGCCAAACGCGGCUCCAGAGAGCGGACAUACAUCAACAACACUGCCGAACAACCAACUCCCUGGUGAACAAUCUUUCAAAGCCGAGAUCAAGGCCGAAACGCCCAGCCUGGCUCUAACAACACAGGCUAUCCCGACCCAGGCUUUACAAAGGACCCGAGCGCCCAGUGCUGCCGGUCCGUCUUCAUGGCUACGACCUCCUGCGCCGGUCCCAUCAGGGGUCGACGAAUUGGCCGUCAACUAUUUCUUCGAUCAAUUCACGGCAUCGAGCGGACACUGGACUUUCUUGCGCGAUGCUGACAUGACCAUCAUGAAGGAUCCCCUGCUUGACGUUUCCAUGCGAGCCUGCGGCAUGGCGGCCUUGCACAAUGUCAGAGGUGUCGUGAUGGGUCGAGAGUAUGCGAGAUCUGUGUACGGGCAAGCGAUCGGUCUGCUCAACACGGCUUUGCGCGAUCCAAAGAUGUGUCGGCUUGACUCCACGCUCAUCUCUGUGGCAAUGCUGGGAUAUUACGAAAACCUUGUUUGCGACAGCAUGGACUCGGUCCGAUCCUGGAAGGCUCACAUAAGCGGCGCAACGCAGUUGCUGCAUCUGCGCGGCAAAGCCCAAUUCAAAUCGAGUGUGGGCAGGAUGCUAUAUCGUGAGAUACGCACGCAGGUGCUGAUUAGUUGCAUCUGGGACCAGCAAGAGCCUCCAGCGUUCAUUCUGGAGUGGGAGACCGAGCUACAAAAGCAGAGCUCGCUUUCCGGACAGGCAAUCGCACCACCGGAUCGUUUGGCAGUGAUUAGCUUCGAUUUCGCCACGCUCCUUUUCCAAAUCCGAUCACAAACCAUCUCCAACGAGACCGCUCUGCACGAAGCUGCAGACAUACAGAUGCGCAUGAUUCAGUGGUCAAUGAGCACCAUGUCUUACGGCGAAGCAUGGCGAUUCAAUGAUCUUGCGGUGCCCGAGUCUCCACACGUGUGGAAUGGCACAGUCCAUGCAUACAAUAGCCUUCCCGCUGCUGGAGUCUGGAACACGUAUCGCAUCCUUCGGAUCAUGCUCACCCGGACGCAGGAAGACCUUUGCAAAAUGAAUGGAAUGGGUGGCGAAGCAUUGCGGAUGAGGGUCACGAAUUUCCGUGCCGUACGCCGACAGAUGACUGACGAGAUCUGUGGUGGCAUACCUAGUCAGCUUGGCCAUGCGGCGCCGGGGCUCAACUCACAGUGUGUUUUGAUCACUGCGUACGCAUCCAUCUGGCCUCUAUUCUUCGCCAGUGUCUGUGCGUUGGAGCGUGUAGGAUAUGAUGCAUGGGACGGCUGCCUGCAGGUGGAUCAAACCCACGCGCCCGAUGAUAAUAACUCAAUGGGAGCAGCCCAGGUCGCCUGGCUAAUAGGAAGAAUCGGAUACAUUGGCAAUCAUGUCGGGCUGCGAUGGGCAAAUGGAUUCGCACAGGUAUUGAGAGGCGACGCGAAAGUCAACUCUCGAAUGCUCAACCGGUAGGUUUCACAAAUCGUCCUGCUGAACGCGCACAGUGUGGAGAUGCUAACAUACCGCAGCGAUAACCGUCGACUUGAAAAACUAGUGUUGAGGCCCACUACAGCUGCAGAUCAUAGCGCGGAACCUUCCUCGGCCUCUUCACACAACUUGAUAGCACAUCCUUCGAUCGAGGACGGUAAUUCGGAGUUCCCCUGAUCACAGCCUCGCCACCUUACAAAUUUUGCGGUCGGGAUCGGAACCAGUUUGUGCGCAUGUGUCUGUGUAUGCACAACACAACUCGCAGAACAGGCGCAUCAUGACAUAUCGGCCAUCUAGAUCUGGGUGAAUCGCAAAUAUGGCUUCACCUCGCGCACCUGACCGAACUUCUUCUUCGCGU